GAGGCAGCGGUCGAACCGGUUCGAUAGUCCGAUCAGAGCGGAGAAAGCGCUCCAUCAUCCCCGGGACUUGGAUAUGGAACUGUUGGGGAGUUGCACAGCUUCGGACCAUUCCUGAUAAGCCUCAGUCCCAGGAUUUGUCUUUGAAAUAGAAAUGCAAGUGAAGAAUAAUCAUUUAUCUGGAUGACAAGAUGUGCACCUUCCAGAUCUGAAACUACUGGACAAGAAUUUUGCUGCAGGAUGAUUACUUGGCUUUGCAGCUCUCCUAUGGAUUGACAACCUUGUGGGAACGAGUGUAACAAGAUAAGAACCUCCCUGUCCAUGACCUUUGGAUUUAUUGCAGUUAUUGAUUGGCACCAAGGGCUUUUGGAAUUUAUAUUGGUGAGAGUCUGGUAAUGUCAUCGUGUACAAUGUUUCUUUACACAAGACGGAGUUGUCCUUUAUCCUUUUUGCAACGCACAGCCACCAUUUUCUUAAAUGUAGACUGCAGUACUGUUCUGUGGAUAUUCAGCUUCGCUGUCAGGGUCAUAGUGCUGGAGGGUCAGAUCAACAACCCAACUGUGAAUACUCAUUAUGGAAAACUGCGGGGGAUCCGAAUUCCCUUGCCAAGUGACAUACUUGGGCCAGUGGAUCAAUACCUGGGAGUUCCAUAUGCUAGUGCUCCCACUGGAGAGAAAAGGUUCCAACCACCAGAACCUCCGCCUUCCUGGUCUGGAAUACGUAAUGUUACUCACUUCGCCCCUGUCUGCCCACAAAACAUUCACGGUAUGGUACCAGAAAUAAUGUUACCAAUCUGGUUCACGGCAAAUUUGGAUAUAGUUGCAACAUACAUCCAGGAUCAAAAUGAAGACUGUUUGUAUCUAAACAUCUAUGUCCCCACAGAGGAUGAUAUUCGUGAUAGUGGGCCUAAGCCAGUCAUGGUAUACAUUCAUGGAGGAUCAUACAUGGAGGGGACGGGAAAUAUGAUUGAUGGCAGCGUAUUGGCAAGCUAUGGCAACGUUAUUGUUAUCACACUCAACUACCGUGUGGGUGUUCUGGGUUUCUUGAGCACUGGGGAUCAAGCUGCAAAAGGCAAUUAUGGAUUGCUGGAUCAGAUCCAGGCCCUGCGCUGGAUCAGUGAGAACAUUGCAUUCUUUGGAGGGGAUCCCUUACGGAUUACAGUUUUCGGAUCUGGAAUUGGAGGCUCAUGUGUCAGCCUUCUCACUCUAUCCCAUCAUUCAGAAGGCCUUUUCCAAAGAGCGAUUAUUCAGAGUGGGUCAGCCUUAUCAAGCUGGGCAGUGAAUUACCAGCCAGCAAAGUAUACAAGAUUACUAGCGGAGAAGGUGGGCUGCAACAUGCUGGAUACUCUUGACAUGGUGGACUGCCUGAGGCAAAAAUCCUUCAAGGAACUAGUAGAACAGGACAUCAAGCCAGCACAGUAUCAUGUUGCAUUUGGCCCAGUCAUUGACGGAGAUGUUAUACCGGAUGAUCCUGAAAUUCUGAUGGAGCAGGGAGAGUUUCUAAAUUAUGACAUCAUGUUGGGAGUCAAUCAAGGAGAAGGAUUCAAAUUUGUGGAGUGGAUAGUAGAUCAGGAUGAUGGGAUAUCUGGAAGCGACUUUGAUUUCACUGUUUCUAAGUUUGUGGAUAACCUUUACGGCUACCCUGAGGGUAAGGACACACUCCGGGAGACAAUCAAAUUCAUGUACACUGACUGGGCAGACCGUGACAAUCCUGAGACACGACGGAAAACUUUAGUCGCUCUUUUUACUGAUCAUCAGUGGGUAGAGCCUGCAGUGGUAACAGCCGAUCUGCAUGCUCGUUAUGGCUCUCCUACAUACUUCUACGCCUUCUACCAUCACUGUCAGAGUGACAUGAAACCAGCCUGGUCUGACGCAUCCCAUGGUGAUGAAGUACCCUAUGUUUUUGGGAUCCCCAUGGUUGGACCGACGGAUCUAUUCCCAUGCAACUUUUCCAAAAAUGAUGUGAUGCUUAGUGCUGUUGUCAUGACGUACUGGACAAAUUUUGCCAAAACUGGUGAUCCCAACAAGCCAGUGCCACAGGAUACCAAGUUCAUCCACACAAAGGCAAACCGCUUUGAAGAGGUGGCCUGGUCUAAAUACAAUCCACGAGAUCAGCUUUAUCUUCACAUUGGUCUGAAGCCACGAGUGCGGGAGCACUAUCGGGCCACUAAAGUGGCCUUUUGGAAGCACCUGGUCCCUCACCUGUACAACCUGCAUGAUAUGUUCCAGUACACCUCCACCACCACCAAGGUGCCUCAGCCCAACACCACUCCAAUCUCCUAUGCGACUAGGCGACCCAACGGCAAGGUAUGGCCCUUCACCACCAAGCGGCCAGGCUCUGGCAUGUCUCCAGCUUUCAACUCCAAUGAGCAGCAGAAGGAGAACUGGGACUCAGAGCAGGACAGUGGUUCCCUCCUAAUCGAGAAUCCCCGGGACUACUCCACUGAGCUAAGUGUAACCAUUGCAGUGGGGGCCUCCCUGCUUUUCCUCAAUGUCCUGGCUUUUGCUGCCCUGUACUACCGCAAGGACAAACGCCACAAUGACCCCCAUCAACAGCCAAGCCCUCAACGUAACGCCAGCAACGACAUGGCACACACGCAGGAGGAAGAGAUCAUGUCACUACAAGUGAACCAAACCCAUCACGAGUGCGAGAACAUCCAGGCUCAUGAGCCCAUGCGGCUUCCUUCACUGCCAGACUACACCCUGACUCUCCGCCGCUCUCCUGAUGAUAUCCCCCUUAUGACCCCCAAUACCAUCACCAUGAUUCCCAACUCCUUGGUGGGGAUGCAGUCCUUGCAUCCUUAUAACACCUUUGCUGCUGGUUUUAAUAGCACAGGGCUGCCUCAUUCACACUCCACCACCAGAGUAUAGUCCUGGGCAGUAACCCUCCAGUAAGCAGGAGCGAAUGAACUGGGUAGAGAUCCCCUCACACAGACCACUCCAGACUGCUGGAUUUUAACAAGGGUCUGAUUAACAUGUGCACUGUACCAUCUUUACAAGAAGGCUCUCUCCCUGGGAACUUCAAAAGACGUAUAUUCACAUCGGGCCUUCUUGUUCAAAGAGACAACCUGAAGUUUUAUAAAAUAAUCAAAAUAAGAAAAAAAUUUAAAAAAAAAGAAAAUACAAAACCGAAAGAAAACUAAAGUGCUUUUGUUACCAUUGUGGGGAAGCAACGGCAAAUGGCUGCCCACCUUUAUCUCAUUGUUCACAUGCCUUAGCCCCACACGCUGCUGUGCUCCAUGCAUUUUUUAAUCAAUUUUAGAGCCGCUUAGAAUGAAUAUAUUAGCGCCGAGGGGAUUGGAGGAAAUGCAUGCACACAAGGACUGAAACACCAUGGCCAGGAAUCUCCUGGGUGGUUCACGGAUUAGCUGCCAUAGCUUCAUUGGAAGAUCAUGGAAACCGCAGACAGAAAGUGAAAACUGGGCUUUCUGCCGAAGUUGCGGCAAUUGAUCAGGACAGCCCCCUAGAAAAUCCCCGGCACAUUACUUUUCAGUAAGCAUUAAGGGUUGUUGAGAAGCAGAGAGAGCAUCUCCUCGGCCUUCCCUUUGAGGCUCUGUUAUUGUUUUGGGUUCGAUUAGGUUAUGUUUUUGUUCUGACGAUCCCAGAGUCAGUUAAUUCUGAAGUGGAGAUUGAUCUUGGUGCAGCUCCUUCCUACAGUGAAUGCCCUGCUGAACCACCAACCACUCUUAACGGUUAAGAAUUCGAUAUAAAGACCAAAAUUGAGUGAAACACUUUUGGCUUUCUAGAAACUGCCAGAAAAGCCUGUUGUUUUACUACGUUGCACCCAUGGAAGCGUUUGUGUCUGCCCAUUGCCGCCUACAUUUUCCUUUCUCAUUCAUUUAUCUGGGGAAGGACUUUGUAUUUUUGUGACUCAACAAAUAUCUAACAAACUUUUUUACACAUCUGUUUCUUUUUUCUGGGGAUGGGUAGCCACUCUUCAAAUGCAGCAAAUAAUGCAGCUUUCAAUCGUGUGCAUCCCUUAAUUUUUUUAUACAAAGUGAAUUGUGACACGUGCCAAAUUAGAACCAGCAAAAAUUUUUUUGGGGAGGGUUGUUUUUAACUGUAUCUGUCUAUUUUGUAUUUUGGUAUAAGCAAUCUUUUGCUGUCUGUUACUUUGUGUCAUGCCUGUUUGCAGUUGAGAAGGUGCAGACAGGGAGACAGUGCCACAAAUACACUCCAUGUUAUGAGGUUUUUUUUUCUCAAUUUAGAGUCAGGCUACAGUCCUUGUGCUUAGUCCAGGCUCAUGAGGACCAUGCUGUCAAUGGAACCUUUCCUUCGACCCGACACCAGACUCCUCCCACAGAAGCCAGACUCUAUUUCCAACGGCUGGGGAUUUUCAAAUGGAAUAUUUAAAUCGUCUCUUUCCUCCAGAAGGCAUACCAGUCAUGCAUACUCUCUGUGUUCCUUGCCCGAGAUUUGUUUUAAUGAAUUUGUGUUGUGAAUGUGUGUUUAGUGGAAUUGGAUUGAAAAUUUUAUUUUUAAGUUGAUUCCCAUUGUGCCCGUUUUCUGGGUUAAAAAAAUGGUGCAAAAUGUGCCACUUACUGAGGGCAAUACUCCUUGGUCAAUCAGAGACACCUGACAAAUGUCGGACCCCAUAUUGGGUAGACAAUUUUUCAGGAGUUCCUGGUGGCUACUUAAAACAGAUGUUAUACCCCUUGCAUAUGUAAACACUUAUUUUAGGACCCUUCAGCUAAAUUGGCUGACCUUAGCGAAGCGUGCAUUAGGAAUACUUUGCUCAGGAUCUUUGGCAGUCACUAUGAUUAAGUAAUGGUCACCAACAAAAAAUGGUGUAUGUUUUUUCAAAGUUUGAUGUGGAGCCCGGAGAAGUAGGAGUGAUCACUUUGACCGCACAGCACUCCCAAAGACUGCUGCCAUUCUUGAUCAUCACCCUCACCAAAGAGACGAGAGCCCAAAAUUCGUACUCUUUAAAUGGGCAAGCUGGCAACAGGCAAAUACCCAAAGUAUUGGAAUGAGGCCUCAGGCCCAACUUCAGGAAAAACUCCAGGCUUUGUUGUACACAAUGAAUGGGCCAUAACCAGUUUCUUCUCCAUAAUCUCUCUUUCUUCAGUGCUAGUAUUCUGUGUGAGGUAAACAAUCUUCACCUAAAUUUAAACCCAAGUCCUAAUUAUAAAUAACACCAGGUUACAACCCAUCCUAAUAAAUCUGGAUAAUACAAAGGAGACAAAAACAAAAGUGCUGAUGGUGGAAAUCUCAUAUAAAAACAGAAAAUGCUGGAAAAGAUCUGGCAGCAUCUUUGGAAAAUACUUUAACUGUUUUUCUUCUAUAGAUUCUGCCAACCUUGGUGAGCCUUUCCAACAUUUUCUGUUUGAAUACAAAUGCCCGUUGACUUUUUUGUUCAUUCAUUCUUGGGAUAUGAGCAUCGCUAGCACGGCCAGUAUUUGUUGCCCAUCCCUAAUUGCUCUUGACCAGGUGGGGGUGAAGUACUUUCUUGAACUACUGCAGUCCAUGUGGUGUGGAUACACCCACAGUGUUAUUAGGGAGGGAGUUCCAUGAUUUUGACCCAGCAACAGUGAAGGGAUGGUGAUAUAGUUCUAAAUAAGGAUGGUGUGUGGCUAGGGGGCAACUUGCAGUUUGUGGUGUUCCCAUUCAUCUGUUGCUCUUACUCUUCUAGAUGGUAGAAGUCAUGGGUUUGGAGGUGCUGCAGACUCAUUUCUGAAUCUACUCACCAGCAGCUAAACGCCAGAAAAUAUCAGUAUAAUUUCAAAUGCUGGUAGGAAACUCCAACCUCAAUUUUCAGUGAUGAGAAAUAAUCCAAACACUAUCAUAGAAAAACACAAGAUCAACUUUCAUAAUUGUAGUCAGUCCUGCCUGAGAUGAAUCCCAGACCUAUCUACAUGUACCUGAAAUGGAAUCAUAAAUCAAGUUACCCACGUGUACGAAAACAUCAGCAUUUCUGGACCUGCUAUUUCCUAUCCACAAGCAUAUUCCUCUACCUCUAACCCUCCAAGUUCAAUCUUUAAUUACCUCCUAUCAUGUCUUCAUUAAUGCCUCCAUAUCAAAUUCCUCAGCGUGUGUUUACCCUUUCAUCUCUGCCCCGCAGCAGCUAUCCCUCCAUAUUCUACUUGUCACGGUUUCUAUCCUCUUGUGCAUUCUUCUCCAAACCCCGGUUUUCCCCUUUCUCCUUUCCUGUUAUAUCUAAUCCUUCGGUGUGUUGUUCUCCAUGAUCCUACUAAGCAACCGCUGGAUUGUAUUCAAUGCGGAUUCUGUCGCAGCUAGAUUAAUUCCAUUUGGUUAAGGCUCAAAUAACCAUUUUUUAUGAUCGACAUGUUCUUUUAGUUAUGUUCUAAAGAAGUCCCACUAACCAAACACGGCGUAAAUUCUGAAUUGCUUUUCCUACUCUGGACUGCAGUAAAAUACUUGAAGUAAAGUUUGCUCUUGCUUGCCUUCCAUCUAAACCGCGAUCUCAUUUUCCAUCUGGACAAAGACUCCCCGAUCAUAAGGUUUUUCAAUUCAUUGCACCAGAUAUAUCCUCUAGGAGGUUUGACGAUUGCAACAGAGCAAGUUCCGUGGUUGGCUUAAAGGACACUUAAUGGUGUUUGUCUUAGAUCUGAAUAGAGAAAGCCGAUGUCAUGUGUGAACGCGAUUUUUAGAGUAUCAGUGAUUUGUCAAGAAGGAGGUUCUUUGUUUUCUUGGGGUAUAUUGGAUUGAGUUGAACACUUAAGCCAACACCAAUUCCCAUUCUGGGAGUCUGCGAUUGCUCGAUACCGGAUUGAAGUUCGUGAAACCUGUUCGAGGUCUUUCUGGCCUUUCAGUUUUGCUGUGUGCACUUCAGCAUUGCAAGUGGGGCUGAGAUGACAUGUUGGUUAUUGAAGGAGAUUAUAAAUAUCGAAAUGACUGCUCUCUAUGGCCGCAUAGGCAUCUCACUCAAACAUCUGGGUUCAGAGUAACAGAAACUGCUUUACCUGUUUGUGAUGUUCAAACUUGUCAACAAUAUAGGCCGAAGGGGAAAUAUUCCAUUGUGUUAUAGAUGAGCCUUUGAGUACUGAAGUGUGCACAUACCUAGAUCCUUUUCUAUCCUGUUCGAGCUGCGUCGACUAAGUACAUUUUUAGUUUGAGGCUGUCUUUACGCAGACACUCUAAAUAUUUCUUAAAUCACAUUAUUCUCAAUAAACUGAACAAUUAAUAAUGGAAUUUGAUUAUUUUUAUUUUGAUGCAGAAAUGCUCCUGCAGAGCUCAAAGGUUUAACAGCCACUCAGGAGAAAACAGCAUAAGAGAAAAGCCCUUGUGGCGAGCGCCUCUGGGCCUUUCUAUAUAGAAAUAUAUAUACAUUUCAAUUAUGAUUUAAACAAAUCGAAUAUAACAUUUCACUGAAAUACCUUACUCGUUCCAUAUCAGUCUGAAGUUAUAUUUUCAAAUGGUA